AUGAAUGCUGAUACUUGUGUUUCUUAUUGUGAUCCGGCUGCCAUGGAUUCCUACUACAACGCAGCCUCCCAGGGCACAGAAGGCUCCUCGCCUUUUAGGGCAUUUCAAGCAAGUGACAAGUUCAGCCCUACUUUCCUGGCCAGCAAAGGACAAGGCUUUGGUGACAGCAGCGCUAAGUGCCGGAGCCGCUACAGCCAGCAGGAAUGUCAGUCCCUGGAUGGCAGCGUGCAGGCUCCCAGCUCCGCCGGGGCUCCGGCCUCCUUUAACAAAUACCCUCCGCAGCAGCAGCAGCAGCACCUCUACAUGCAGCGAGGCCCCUGCAAGACCCCCCCGGAGAGCAACCUCAAGCUGCAGGAGAGCAGCGGCCACAACGGAGCUCUGCAGGUCCCCUGCUACGGUAAAGAGAGUGGCUUGGGAGAGGCCGACUUGCAGCCGAGCGCCGACCCUUCGGGCAUGGACAGCAGCUACCUCAGCGUGAAGGAGGCCGGGGUGAAAGUCUCCCAGGACAGGGCCAGCACAGACCUCCCCAGCCCCAUGGACAAGGCGGACUCAGAGAGCAACAAGGGCAAAAAGCGGAGGAACCGCACCACCUUCACCAGCUACCAGCUGGAGGAGCUGGAGAAGGUCUUCCAGAAGACCCACUACCCGGACGUCUACGCCAGGGAGCAGCUAGCCAUGAGGACAGACCUCACCGAGGCUCGAGUGCAGGUGUGGUUCCAGAACCGGCGAGCGAAAUGGCGCAAGCGGGAGCGGUUCGGCCAGAUGCAGCAGGUCCGGACCCACUUCUCCACCGCCUACGAGCUGCCCCUGCUCACCCGCGCUGAGAACUACGCCCAGAUCCAGAACCCCUCCUGGAUCGGCAACAAUGGCGCCGCCUCCCCCGUGCCCGCCUGCGUCGUCCCCUGCGAGCCGGUGCCCUCCUGCAUGUCCCCCCACGCUCAUCCCCACACGGCCGGCGGCGUCUCCGACUUUCUCGGCGUCUCCGGCACUGGCGGCCACGUGGGCCAGACGCACGUGGGAGGCCUCUUUGGCACGGCCGGCAUCGGCCCCGGCCUCAACGGCUACGAGCUGAACAGCGAGCCGGACCGCAAGACCUCCAGCAUCGCUGCCCUGCGGAUGAAGGCGAAGGAGCACAGCGCCGCGAUCUCCUGGGCGACAUGACAGGGCUGCGGCCCAGCGCCUCGGGACACCGCGAGAGCCAGCGGGGACAGCCGGACAGAGCCGCCCGCCGGGACUCCAGCCCGCCCUUGCCUCCUCGGGGAUGUGAACGCAGCACUUUUAGCUACCCUAGGUGUAUAAAGGACGUGUGUUAACUCUUUUACUCCUGUCCAUACAUGGAGCCACAAUUCCCUGGCUUGGAUUUAAAUGCCUUCGAAGCUGCGAGCUUCGUCCCCAGCCACCACCAAAGCACCCCACGAGCCCCUGGCCGCCCCGUGGUGGCAUCCUCUGUGGGUGCAGUGCCUGCAGCCCGGGCCAGGCUCCUGUCUGGGUACCCUCUCCAGCCUUACAGAGGUAACAAAGCACUCUUCUGAGCGGCUCCAGCCAUGCAGCAGGCUCCCUGCAAGGGGGCUGCCUGGGGUUAGAAAUGCAAGGGACAUCCCAGGGGUUGGAGACGAGGAGCAGACAAGUGGGGAGAGCAGCGCGGGUUCCCAGCCGGGUGCUGCCAGUUGCCAAGCACCCAGAGCAGCAGUUGGUGCUUCGAUAGCUGCUGCAAGCCAGUGGUGACUUUACCAUAGCUCCCCCUUACCCCCAUGCCCAUCCCCACAAAGCCCUUUGCUUCUCCGAACACCUCCUGCUGCCCAGGCGGGCUGCUGGGUACCGCAGCGCCCCGGCUCCGAAGGCUGCUGUCACCAUGAGUCCAAGAGCAGUGGGGCAAGGCAGGGGCCAGGCCGUCCCCCCAGGGACAUUUCCCACCACCAGCACGGCCCAGUGCUGCUUUCAUCUGUACUGGGGCACAUCUGGCCCAAGGCACAGGUAUUAUGGCAAGGCCACCAGCACUUGCGACAUGGCAGAGCUGCUGCACGCAUGGUGUCCCCUGCACACUGGGAGGGGGGAAGCGAGGGGUUCCUCCAGUGGCGGGGGUGUUUUGGGGAGGGGAUUCCAGUUCCCCUGCUUCACAGAGCGCACCCAGGCUCGGCAGCGCGUUGUAAAACACUCUCCAAACAAACAAAGCCAA